AAACCCGCCAUUUUCAUCACACUUCAGUUAACAGCAUUUCAUUGAAGCUUCCUUCAAGCUACACAAAUUUUUCUUCGCACAAACUACCUCUAAAUUUUCUAACUAUGGGAGUUCAAGUUGAAUCUAUUAGUCCUGGAGAUGGAUCAACCUAUCCAAAAACUGGACAAACAGUAGUUGUUCAUUAUACGGGCACCUUACAAAAUGGUACAAAAUUUGAUUCUUCGAGAGAUCGAGGAGUUCCUUUCAAAUUUCGCAUUGGAAAAGGCGAAGUUAUUAAAGGUUGGGAUGAAGGAGUAGCUCAGUUGAGUGUAGGGCAAAGAGCCAGAUUGAUUUGCUCCCCUGACUAUGCUUAUGGAUCACGGGGACAUCCUGGAAUUAUUCCUCCUAAUUCCACCCUAAUUUUUGAUGUUGAACUUCUCAAGGUGGAAUGAAUUUGGAAAAUAUUUGGGUGCGCCAGCUCUAUACCUUAUAAUUUAUGUCUUAAAUAUAAUAGCAUAAUACAAAUCAGGUUUCGAAUAAUCUGUGUCAAUAGGUUUAAUAAAUAAUUGUAGAGAGAACAAUCAAGCUUGAAUUUAUCUGCUAGUUAUUAAUAAGAGUGAUUGUGGUUGUACCUAGAAUUUUGUGUUGAAUAAAGCCUGAAAUAUAGAACUGGAAAAUUA